AAAUAAAAGUGAGGUUAGAAAAGCUGUCAUUAGUCAUUGUUAAAUUAUUGUUCUAUUUGUUUGUUGCCGAUUUAACUAAAGAAUUAGUCAUAUAAAGUUCUUUUUUAAAUAAUUUGUUAUUGUUUGUACUUAAUAGAAAGAAAUCGUAAGCAUAAAUCUUGCUUAUGUAAGUUUUGGACUUAAAACUAACCUAAAAAAGGCGAAAAAUUUGAUUUGGAUCGAUGACCAACAAAGCAAAUGUGGGGAAAUCGGAAUUAUUGUGAAUUACAAACCAGUUUUUAUACCAAAUGGUCAGUAUUUUUAAGUGAAGUUGAAUGACGAUCAAACUACGUCGCAGAAUUCGUUUAAAACUUUCCAAAAAAUUGUUUUAAACAACAUAUUAUUUUUUUAAAAACGUUUUCCUCACAAUGGGCUGCUGCAAACACAAAAACGUCAUAAUUUUAACCACCCUAGUCUUUUUAUUUUUAACAAUAGGCAUCCUUUCGAUGUCUUUAUGGUCUACAGUUUAUAAUAAAAUUCUUGUACGUGAAUUGACAAUCACAAACGACUCAACGGGUUAUAAAAUGUGGCAAGAAACACCUGUACCUAUGUAUCUGAACGUGUUUUUGUUCAAUUGGAGUAAUGCUGAAGAAGUCAUCGAUAAUAAUUGGUCAAUAAAGCCUCGAUUUGAAGAAUUGGGACCUUACGUGUUUAGUGAACACCACAUUCGAACGAAUUUAACUUGGAUUAACGACAAUCAGAGUGUUAUUUAUUAUCAGAAGAGGAUUUGGAAGUUUAUACCCGAAUUGAGUAAUGGUAAUUUAAGUGAUAAAGUUACUAAUGUAAAUGUUGUUGCAGUGGCUGCAAGUUAUUUAGUAAGAAAACAAGGUUACCCAGUUAAAAAAAUAUUAAGUUUUUUAUUAGGACUGAAAGAGAAAUCAUUAAUUUUAACCAAAACAGUGGAUGAGUGGUUGUUUACAGGUUAUAAAGAUAGCCUGUUAGAAUUGAUAGCAUCGUUGAAUUUGCCAAUUUUUAGUUCAGUCACUAGUGAUCGUUUUGGAUGGUUUUUUGGGAGAAAUAAUUCGGAAACUUACGAUGGAAAUUUUACAAUGUUCACCGGCUCAAAUGACAUUGAAUUAUUGGGAAUUAUAAACGAAUGGAAUGGAAAACCGUAUAGUCCAUAUUUUAACGAUUAUUGCGCUUUCGUUAAUGGUACAUCAGGAGAAUUAUGGCCUCCGGUGGAAAAAUACGAUUUAGUCGAUAUUUUUGCACCAGAUCUUUGCAGCUCUGUUAGAUUACAAUUUCAAGACUCAUAUAAAGAAUUUUUUGGAAUUCGCGGUAAAAAAUAUGCCGCUACGGAUUUUGAUUUUGAUAAUGGUACUAAAUAUCCAGAACAAAAAUGCUUUAUUACAGAUCAAACCUAUCCAAGUGGCGUCAGAGAUAUAUCAAAAUGCAAAUUUGGAGCUCCAGCUUUCGUUUCAUAUCCACAUUUUUACUUAGCAGAUCCAUUUUAUGCAAAUUCAGUGGAUGGAAUGCACCCAAACAAAACAGCGCACGAAUUUUAUAUAAUUUUAGAGCCAAAUACGGGAGUGCCAUUAGAAGCUAGAGCGGCGUUACAAUUAAAUCUUCUAAUACAACCAAUAAGUGGAAUUUCGAUGUUUAAAAAGGUGAAAAAAACCUUUAUGCCCAUGGUUUAUUUCACUCAAACAGCUUUGUUAUCAAAACCUUUAGCAAAAGAAGCAAAAAUGUUACUUACACUCCCUUCAGUGAUGCUUUACACUGGGGGAGCAUUGGUUGGUAUUGCUUUAUUGGGAGCUUUAGCAGGAAUUUAUAUCACGUGUAAUAGAGCAUGGACAACGAGGGAGGAGGAGAAUCGUUUAUUGGAUGGCCAACAAAAUAACGUCCAACAAUAAUAAACUAAACAUUGGGUACUUUUAGGGGAAGAUUUUUUAAAAAGCGUUUCGUUUUCUAAUUUUAUUCAUACUCUUUGUAUAUAAGAAUACGUAUAUAUAAGAAAAGGUACUUUAUUGUUUACUAAUUUUGUUGUAUCAUCUAUUAUUAAGGUUAUUAUACUACUGUGAUAAAUAAAUAAUAAAAUUAAUAA